AAAGUGCAGUGUUUCUCAGUCGAACAUGUCCCUGUAAAGGUAGUAUUCCAUAUACUUCUGCACCAAAUAAGCGAGACAAGUUAACAUUUUCAUUAGUUGGUGACAUAGAUAGUCUUGUUAACAUGUAUAUGGUUGUAGGUCCUCAUAUCCAACCUAGAGAAAAACAAAAGGUUAUUGAAUCUAUAGCUGAUGUGAUUCAAGCUUUAUCACCUGACAAAAUGUUGCAACCAUUAUUGGUCAUUACGAAUGAUAUCAUGCAAACAAUGAAAGAAGCUAAUCCUCCUCAAUAUAAAGAAGUUAUAGUAGCGCAACUAGAAUAUCUUACAU